AUGGAUAAUAAUCAAGAUUAUUAUAAUAAUAAUAAUAAUAAAAAAAGAUCAUUAUAUUCUGAUGAUCCAAUUGAUAUAGAAAGUACAACUGAUGAAUAUGUUGAUGAAGAUAUAUUACCAAAUGAUAAAAAUCAAAAAUUAACAAAUAAUCAAAGAAUAUAUUAUAAUAAUAAUAACGGUAAUAAUGAAGAAGAAGAAGAAGAUGAUGAUUCAAGUCCUGAUAUAGUUGAUAUUACUGGUGAUAUAGAAGAUCAAGUUGGAGUUAAUGAUGAUGAUAAUGAUGAAGAUGAUGAUGAAGAUGAAGACGAUGACGAAGAUGAAGAAGACCAAGAAUUGGAAGAAAUAGGGAUGGAUGAAGUACAAAUAGUAGAUAAUAAUGGGAAUUUAAUAGAAGUUGUAAAUAAUAAUGAUCAAAAUCAAACUAAUGGUAAUGGAUAUAAUCAUCAAACUAAUCAAGCUAAUUUAAAUUACAGAUCAAAGAAACAGCUACCACAACAACAACAACAACAACCAAAUAAUAAAGCAUACCCUAAUGCAAAUGAAUUUAAUGAAUUAGCUUCAAAAUUAUUAAAACCAAUUCCUGAUUUACCAAUAAAAGAUCAAACUCAUUUUGUAUGGGAAAUUAAAGAUUGGGCAUCAAUUGUAAGAAAUGAAAAAAUAAGAUCACCAAAAUUUAAAUGUGGAGAAUUUGAAUGGAAUAUUUUAUUAUUUCCAACUGGUAAUAAUAAUCAUAGUAAUAUGAUUUCUAUAUAUAUGGAACCAAUUCCUCCAAAAAAUGAAGAAACUGGUGAACUUUUGGAUGAAAAUUGGUAUGUUUGUGCACAAUUUGGUAUUGAUUUUUGGAAUCCUUUACAUCCUGAUGCUCAUUUUCCAAAUCAAAGUUCUCAUAGAUUUAAUAAAGAUGAAACUGAUUGGGGUUUUAGUUCAUUAAUUGAUUUAAGAACUUUAACAACUUCAAAAAAUUUAAAAACUCAACCAAGUUUGUUUCCAAUAUUAGAAAAUAAUCAAUUAAAUAUUACUGGUUUUAUUAAAAUUAUAGAUGAUAGUUCAACAGGUGUACUAUGGCAUAAUUUUAAUAAUUAUGAUUCAAAAUUAAAUUCUGGAUAUGUUGGAUUAAAUAAUCAAGGUGCAACAUGUUAUUUAAAUUCUUUAUUACAAAGUUAUUUUACAACAAAAUUAUUUAGAAAAUUAGUUUAUCAAAUACCAACUGAUCAAAAAAAAAAUACUGCUACUGUUGCUUUAGCUUUACAAAGAAUAUUUUAUUUAUUAACUAAUUCAAAUGAUCCAAUUGGUACAAUGGAAUUAACAAAAUCUUUUGGUUGGGAUUCUUCAGAUGCUUUUACUCAACAUGAUGUUCAAGAAUUAAAUCGUAUAUUAAUGGAUAAAUUAGAAACUGCAAUGAAAGGAAGUUCAAUUGAAAAAGGUUUGAAUGAUAUUUUCGUUGGUAAAAUGAAAUCUUAUAUAAAAUGUGUUAAUGUACCAUAUGAAUCAUCAAGAGUUGAAGAUUUUUGGGAUAUUCAAUUAAAUGUAAAAGGUUGUAAAAAUCUUGAACAAUCAUUUAAAAAUUAUAUUGAAAUUGAAAUGUUAGAUGGAGAAAAUAAAUAUCAAGCAGGUGAAGAAUUUGGUUAUCAAGAUGCUAAAAAGGGAGUUGUAUUUGAAAGUUUCCCACCAGUUUUACAUUUACAAUUAAAAAGAUUUGAAUAUGAUUUUAUGGUUGAUGAUUUAGUUAAAAUUGAUGAUUUUUAUGAAUUUCCUGAUAAAAUUGAUUUAAAACCAUUUUUAGAUGAAGAUUUACCAGAUAAUAUAAAAAAUCAAAAUUGGAAUUAUAAAUUACAUGGUGUAUUAGUACAUCAAGGAACAAUUUCAAAUGGUCAUUAUUAUGCAAUGAUAAAACCAAAUUCUUCAGAUAAUACAUGGUUAAGAUUUGAUGAUGAUAAAGUUUGGAAAGUUACACCAACAGAAGUAUUUAAUGAAAAUUUUGGAGCAAUGGAAAUUAAUAAUAAAAUUUCAAUGACAAGAUUAGAACAACAAGAACAUUUAAUAAGAAGAGUAACUUCAGCUUAUAUGUUAGUUUAUUAUAGAGAAAUUGAAUUAAAUAAUAUUUUACCCGCGGAUGACGUUGAAAUAAAUUCAUAUAUUCCUAAACAUAUAUCUGAUCAAAUACAAAAUGAAUUAGAAGAAAAACAAAGAAUUGAAAAAGAAAGAAUUGAAGCUUUAUAUUAUACUAAUGCUAAAAUUAUAAAUAUUGAUACAAUUAAUAAUAAUUUAGGUUGUGAUUUAGCAUUAGAUGCAACUUUAGAAAGAUCUUUUGAAGAGAAACUUGUUGGUACAUUAAGUGAUCCAAAAAUUUUUAAAGUUAGAAAAGAUAGUAAAUUAAAAGAUUUAGUUGAACAAAUUGGUGAAUUUUUGGGGUAUGAUAAAAAUUCUAAAAAUUUUAGACUUAUUGUUACAUGUCAUCGAAAUAAUCAUACAAGUAGAUUAGAUAUUCCAGUUAAUGAAAAUAUAUAUGAUCUAACAAUUAAUAAUAUUUAUGGGAAAUUAUUUAAUAGAAAAUAUGAUGAAAUGGUAUUUUUUAUUGAAGAAUUAAAUAAAGAUAUUAAUAAUAUUAAUCAAUUAACUACAGAACCUACAAAUAAAAUUAAUCCAAUUGAUUUUGAAUUUGAUGAUGUUUUUAAUAAAAUUAAAUCUGUUGGUACUAAAACCUUGGAAAAUAUGGAAUUUAAAUCAAUUGAUGAAUUUUCUGGUAAUAUUAUUAUAUUUAUAAAAUAUUUUGAUCCAAUUUCUCAAGAAAUUAGAACUUUAUCUCAUAUAACAGUAUCAACUCAAGAUCAAGUUGGAAUUAUAAUUGAACCUGUUAGAAAAAUUUUAAAUUUUAAUCAAGAUAUUGAAUUUGAUUUAUAUGAAGAAAUUUCACCUCAUAAAUUAGAAAAAUUAGAUCCAAAUAUAAAUUUUGAUAAACAAGAAUUAAGUAGUGGAGACAUUAUAACUUUUCAAAUUUCAAAUGUUGAAAAAUUAGUAAAAGAUGAUCAACAAUUUAAAAAUUUAAAAGAAUAUUACAGGUUUUUGGAAACUCGUCAUCGUAUAAGAGUUAAACCUUUUAAUGCAAAUAUAUCUGAUGAAGAUUCAGAUUAUGUUGAAGAUGAAGAGGAAGAGAAAGGGGAACAAUCAAAAGAAGAAAAAGAUCAAGUAAUUAAAUCAGAAACUAUUAAUGGUCAAGAUAAUGAUGAAGAAACUAUAAAACAAAUUGAAGAAGCUAAAAAAUUAAGUAAAAGUUUUGAAAUUUGGGUAUCAUCCAAUUAUAAUUAUCAAGAAUUAUCAAAAAUAUUAUCAAAACAUAUAAAAUGUGAUCCUGAAUAUUUAAAAAUUUUUGCAAUAAGUAAUAAUGGUACAAGAUAUCCACUCAAAACAAAUUCUUAUUUAUCACAAUUUUUACCAAGACAAUCUUCAAUAAAUCAUAUAUAUGAUUUUGAAUAUGAAAUUUUAAAUAUUAAAAUAAAAGAUUAUGAAAAUUUAAAGAAUUUUAAAGUAAAUUGGUUUAAUAAUCUUUUACAAUUACAACUGUUUGAAUUAUUAAUUCCAAAAAAUGGAACUGUAAGAGAUAUUAUAAAUAAAUUAUUACAUAAAGUUCAAGUUCCCGAGACAAGUUUAAAACAUUUAUUAUGUUAUAGUGGUUUCAAUCAUAAAUUUGAUGAAAUUUUAAGAUUUGAUAAACCUGUUUCACAUUUACGUCAUGAAUGUGAAAUAUAUGUUGGUAUAUUUCCAGGAGAAGUUGAAGCAUUAGUUGAAAAUGAUAUUGUUAAAAGAUUUAUAGAUCAUGAUAUUGAUAUAAAUAUAGAAGAAGAAUUUAAAAAUGAUGAAUUUACUAAGCAAGAAUAUUUAAAAGUUUCAGAAAAUAUAAAGAAUCUUAAUUUAAUACCUGCUUUCCAUUUUCAUAAACAUAGUACAAAUCAUCAUGGUGCACCAUUUAUAUUAACAAUUUUCCCUAAUGAAAAUAUUAUUGAAACAAAAGAAAGAUUAAGAAAAAAAUUAGGAUUAGGUUUACAAGCUUUUGAAAAAAUUAAAAUUGCUUUAGCAAAUUCUCAAGAUAAAGGAAUUUAUUUAGAUUUAAAUGACGAAGGCCUAAAAAUUUUUGAUAAAACUGGUAAUGGAGAUUUAAGUUUAGCUUUAGAUCAUCCUGAUAGAAAUCCAAAACGUCAAUCACAAUAUGAUAAAGGAAUAUCUAUUAAGUGA